AUGGCUCAGAAUUACUUGAGCCAGCACCAGCACUCAUGCACUCAGACAAAGAAGCAUCUGUCGUCGGCCAUCUCUUCAUUUAAGGAGUUUGCAAAUUGCAGGAAAAAGUCGCGCACUUCCUCCAACGACAUUGAUUCCAUGGGAGUCACCGACUCGUCUAUUCCAUUGUCGAAUUCCACCUGCCUUCAAGGGAGACGGCAGAAUUGUCAGCUGCCCAAACGAUUCAGAGAUAUUUUACCUCAGCCUCCACCCACUGUGCCCUUGGAAGUUCGCAAACUACCUCCCCCAUCCGUCGGUCAAGUCAUGGCAUCACAUGAAACCCCAACCUCGCCAUCACAUGCUACGUUCCACACGCCCCCAAACAUCUUCGGGCUAGUGCGCCAAUACUUCUCCUCUGCACCUCCAUCUCACGAUCCGGAAGAGUAUGUCACUAUAGCAGAUCUCUCCUUUAUUCCUGGCAGCCGCACGGUCAGCGAAGAAGAAUACAACGCGCCCGUUGCUAUCGCUAGCGAUUCUCAGUACUACCCAUAUCCCAACCACUCCUCCUUUCAACUUGGUGACUGGUACUGGAAUCAAGGGGUACAGAAGUCGCAAGAGGACUACACACACCUGCUGAAGAUCAUAGGUAGUGAGACCUUCAAUACUGCUGACAUGAGCUCCAUGCAUUGGAAUGAAAUCAACUCCAAUCUUGGUGCCAACAAGUACGAUCAGGGCAAUAUAGAAGAAUGGGAAGAAAAAGGUGCUGGUUGGAAAAGGACACCAGUUUUCAUCAACGUGCCCUUCUCCCGCACAACUGAAGUGCCAGGGCCUCGCGCUUUUCAAGCCGCUGAUCUUUAUCACCGCUCCCUUGUUGCUAUCAUACGGGAAAAACUAACCAAUGCCUGA